UAGUGGCUGAUGUGUGGGGGUUGAGAUAGAAUUAAUUAGUAAUUAUAACAUUAUUAUUAAGAAUUAGCGAGUUUUAUAAAAAUGGCAGAGACGUUGGAUUCAGUAGUAAGUUCAGUGACUGGAACGGCAGAGAAGGUGAAGAAAGAUAUGGUCGACACAUUCAAGAGCGCGCUGGAAAAGUCGGAUAAAGCCACUGAAAAUUUAGCAGAGAAGGUAAAAGAGACGUUUACACUCGUGUCUGACAAGACUAAGAAUUUUUCGGAAAAUUUCACCUUCGACGUCUCACAAAGCGCACGUAAAGUCGCAGACUCAGUCACCGAAUCAUUCGAUAAAAUGCCUGAGAAGGUGAUGGAUACACUCAACUUCGUCUCCGACGGAGCUCAGGAUUUUUUCGGGAAGAUGAAGCAUAACGUUAAUGAACUCCUCGAAACUAGUACUAGUACUACAGUUGACAGUGGCGUUAAAACUGAUUCUACUCUUACUACCACUAACAAUACUACUACUACAGUUGAUACUAAUAGUGUGAAAGUUGAGAAUAAAGUGGAUAAGUUGGAGAGUUUGAAGAGUACGGUAGAGAGUGUGGUUGAGAGUAUGAAGAGUGGAAUGGAGAAGGCAUUACAACCUGAGACAAGUUCGAAAGAACCAGAAUACGUUGAAGAAGAGGAAGUUGUCGAAGGUGAUUGGAAAGCACCCAAAGUAGAAGUAAAGGAGAUAAAGGUGGAGACAGGUGAGGAGAAUGAGGAUGUGUUUUGGAGUCAGAGAUCGAAGUUGUACCGUUGGGCAACUGAUACUGACGGUUCUGGAGUAUGGAAGGAACGUGGACUAGGUGAAUCGAAGCUACUACGUCACAAGGAGACAGGCAAGAUUAGGUUCUUGCUAAGGCAGGAAAAGACUUUUAAAGUUGUAGCAAAUCACUAUGUGUGGCAGACUAAUAACAUGUGUAAACUCACACCUAACGUUGGAAGUGAUAAGAUUUGGGUCUGGACAGCACAAAACACUCUCGAAGAUGAAACUAAAGUAGAACAACUUGCACUCAAGUUCCCAAACGUCGAACAAGCCAAACUCUUCAAGGAAAAGUUUGAUGAAGCCGCUGAAGUCAACAGCAAAUUAUUCAAUUAAUAUACUAUACACUCUA